AACUCACAGGACUGGGUCGGCAGCCCGCUUGAAUGACUUCACCCCGAGUUCCCUAUCGAUAAGGCUGCCCCUCCAUUAAGUCACCGGGUUAGUGCACUCCCGCUGCUCCCGUUUAUUUUCGUCAUCCCUCGCCCUGCUUCAAACUUCCCUCUUCCAGCUUCCAACUCACUACAAAACAUCUUUUUCCCUUUCCCAACUCUCGAAACCAUUCCAUCUAUCAUACAAAAUGCCUCGCCAAUUCUUCGUCGGUGGUAACUUCAAGAUGAACGGUAAUGCUGAGAGCACUACCGCCAUCAUUCAGAACCUCAACAAGGCCUCUCUGGAUUCAUCCGCCGAGGUCGUUAUCUCCCCUCCCGCUCUCUACCUCCUCCUCGCCCGCGAGAUUGCCGACGAGAAGAUCGGUGUCUCUGCUCAGAACGUCUUCGACAAGCCCAAUGGUGCUUUCACCGGAGAGAUCAGUGUUCAGCAGCUCACUGAAGCCAAAAUCAACUGGACCAUUCUUGGACACAGCGAGCGUCGCGUUAUCCUCAAGGAGAGCGAUGAGUUCAUUGCCCGUAAGACCAAGGCUGCCAUUGACGGUGGUCUCAGCGUGAUUUUCUGUAUUGGUGAGACGCUCGAGGAGCGUGAGGCCAACAAGACCAUCGAGGUCGUCACCCGUCAGCUUAACGCCGCCGCCAAGGAGCUUUCCCAGGAGCAGUGGAAGAAGGUCGUCAUUGCCUACGAGCCUGUCUGGGCUAUUGGAACUGGCAAGGUUGCUACCACCCAGCAAGCCCAGGAAGUUCACGCUGCCAUCCGCAAGUGGCUCAGCGACGCCAUCUCCGCCGAGGCUGCCGAGAACACCCGUAUCAUUUACGGUGGCUCGGUGAGUGAGAAGAACUGCCAGGAGCUCUCCAAGGAGGCCGAUGUCGAUGGAUUCCUGGUCGGUGGCGCCAGUCUUAAGCCUGCCUUCGUUGAUAUCGUCAAUGCUCGCCUGUAAGCCUUUGUGCUAAAAUUCAACACGCGAAUAUAAAAAGGGCAAAACUCCACGCUCGCCAUGAUUUUCAAGCGUAAUCGCCUCUUCGAUGCCAUGUUGUGGUAUCGCAACGGCAUCUAUUAAAUUUAUGUAGCCUCGACCUACACAGAGGAGUUUU